CUCUUCCUGUGUCUCGUCCGCCGUCCGGACCACUGAACUAUCCGGACCGCACGCUGUCUUUAGUCGCUGCACGGUUGCCGGGUUCCCAGGCCUGUCAGUAUGAAGAUCUGGGCGUCAGAGCACAUAUUUAACCACCCAUGGGAGACGGUGACCAAGGCAGCAAUGCAGAAAUACCCCAACCCAAUGAACCCUAGUGUUUUUGGGGUGGAUGUGCUGGACAGACGGGUGGACAUGAAAGGACGGUUACACAGCACCAGGCUCCUCAGCACAGAGUGGGGUCUUCCCGCCAUGGCCAAGUCUAUUAUUGGUGUAACAAGAACAUGUACAUAUGUCCGUGAACAUUCAGUAGUGGAUCCCAAAGAGAAGACCUUUGAGCUGAAGUCUACUAAUAUAUCUUUCACUAAUAUGGUAUCUGUGGAUGAGAAACUGACGUACAAGCCACACCCAGAGGAUCCUGAAAAGACAGUGCUGACUCAGGAGGCUCUGAUCAGUGUUAAAGGCAUCAGCCUGAGCAACUACCUCGAGAACCUAAUGGCCAAGGCCAUUUCUGUCAACGCUGGCAAGGGUCGAGAGGCGAUGGAGUGGGUCAUCAGGCGGUUGAACACAGAAAUCGAGGAUCUGGCGGUGACUGCUUGUGGUACAGUGCGCGCUUCUAUGGCAGCAGCUGUUGCAGACCAAUGACCUUUGCCUUUGCCACUACGUCCCCCACUAUCAUGGAGUGAUGGACUAACCAGCAUUUUCCUCUUAAAGGGGAACCCUACCUUCAUCUGUUUGCACUGCCACAUACCCCACUUCCAUCUUUUAGCCCCACGUACCUUCGUGUGUUAUUCAAUAGAACUUGAUCUUGGUCCUUCUUCAGCACUUGCCGUUGUUGAACUAAUAAUUGACAGUUUGAUGACUAAAACAAGGUGGAACUGGACUUAACUUGAAGUUCAUAGGAUUUAGAAUGUUAAAGCUCCAUUUUUUACAAAUUCACACUGUGCCUCCACAUCAUCUGACUUUUUUUUCCAUCUUAAACUUUUAAAUGUUCUCUACAUUUUAUUGAACAAGUAAAAUGUUCUGCCAAUGUUGGUUGGACAGUGGGCUUCCUUUUUAGCCUGUUUUACUCGUAAAAUAACAUAGAACUUAACAGUAAAGCACAAACACUUACAUUUUUUAUGAUAAAUACCAGCAUACAAAAGAAGCUCUUUCCAUGUCACACCA